GGGUCUGGCUUAUAUAUAAGUAUGCACGGUAGCUACGAGUAGUACCUGAACUUAGUUCGUUGAGUACUUCAGAGGCAGCAAAGUAGAGACAUUUAUUUCCUCUCUCCAUAGCUUUUGCGGAACACUACAGCAGCAAAGCAAAAAACCAUGAGGAAGGAGAUCAUCAUCCGGAUGUAUGUGAGCUCCGAGAAAUGCCAAGCCAAAGCCAUGAAAGUAGCAGCUACUGCUAGCGGGGUAGAGUCGGUGACGCUGGCGGGCGGCGACAAGAGCCUGCUGCUGGUGAUCGGCGACGACGUCGACUCCAACAAGCUGACCAAGAAGCUCAUCAAGAAGGUAGGCUCCGCGGAGAUCGUGGAGCUCAGGACGCUCGACACCUUCGACAUGUCGUCCAUCUCGCACCACGCGGUGGCGACCAAGGGGGGCGCGUCGCCGUACCACGGCCAGCACCAGUACCACCAGUACCAGUAUGCGGCGGCGCCAAUGAGUCCCUACGCCUACCACCACCACCCGUCGCCGAUGAUGGCCGUGCAGGGUGGCUACGGCAACUACGGCAGCAGCUACGCGCGCGCGGUGGCGCACAGCCACCCGGGCAACUACUCGCCGCUGGUCGAGAGGCACGACUACUACCCCAUGGACAAGUCCGCCUCCCGCCUCGCUGCCGCCGGCGGCCCCGGGGCCGGCGUCACCACCUACAGGUCGGUGCCACGCCGCGACAGCGACUCCAGUUCCGGUGGCUGCUGCAUACAAUAGCGCGCGCCGUGAGGGCGUUGCUGUACUCUACUCUACUUGUACAUCAUCGAUCCAUCUCCACCAUCAGCUUAGAUUGAUCUCAUGGAAGUGCUCUUAUGAUGGGUGUUGUUUAGUUCUUCUCAGUCUUAAUCCGUUUGGAAGGUUGUAACUAAGUGAACUUGCUGUAAAUAAAUGUUAAUUAAGCUGGCACGUUGUCCA